AUGGGCUGCGGAUCCUCCUCCGCUGCUGAAGUCGCCCCAGCUGAAAUCGUCGAACCAUCCCCAUCAUCUGAUGUUCCAUCUGAUCCCAAGAUUCCAACAAGCUAUAGACCCUCCAUAAUCAGUCUACAGAUCCCAAACGAAUUCGGAGAUGAUGUUAGUUCCGAUGCGUUGAGUGACCGAUCGGAUGCUCAAGAAGAGAAUGUGGACUAUCUGUAUGCUACUGAUGUGACACUCCAAUGGCUUCUCGAGCGGAUAGCUGACAAGUUUAAGAAACCAAUUCCAGAAGAUCCGCAAUGGAUCAUCGAGAGAUUGAAUCGACCUAGUUGGGAUCUGGACUACGCCACGUCAUCAGUGGUGAGAGUAACAUUUGGAUGGGAUGAUGAUGAUCUACCGAGAAGUGUUGUAUUGAAGACUCCAGUUGCCAAAGAUCAAAGAGAUGAUGAAGAGGGAAAAUAUCAUUAUAUCAUGUUUAAGAGAGAAUGCAACGUGUACGAAUGGACUCAAAAGUUUCCGAAACUCGUGGCACCGAACAUCAUUCACAUCAAGAAGCAUUCGAAAGAAGGAAGUGGAGUCGUUGUGAUGGAAGAUGUUUCCGAGAAGGGGCAAGAACAGGAUCCAGUGAAGGGGUUGACGCUCGAAGUGGUCCGUGAUCUCCUCAAACAAAUCGCCUAUCUCCAUUCAGUUUCUCUGAAACACACCUCAUGGAGUACUCUUGUCGCUGAUCUACCGCCUUCUUAUUAUGCUCAUACAAUCGGAAAUUUCGAUGAAACCAUGACUUUCUUCGAAAGAUCAGAUGUUGAUCAUUCGAGAUUUGUGCACAUCGGCAAGUACUUCUCUGAUGAAUACCUCCACUCAACUGCCACUGAAACAACGGAAUUGUUGGAGAUUCCAAAAGUAUUAGUACACGGAGAACCGUAUGCGAGUAACGUUUUCACGAAAAUGGAGGGAAAAGAGCAACGGAUUUUAUCGUUGAUUGAUUGGACAGAAGGACACUCUGGCUGUUUCGCAGAAGAUGUUGCCAAAAUCAUUUGUUGGAAUUUGAAUGCAAAGGAACGAGUGGAUAAUACAGCUUCACUACUAGAAGGAUAUCACUUUCAUUUGGCAAGAUACUACGAUGGCGACUGCCCAUUCACAGUUGAUAUAAUCCAACGUUGUUACGAGCUAUUCGUCCCGUUCGCCAUGGUUUCAUUGUGUGGAAAAGUGAUGAGUGUGAAGAAUAAAACAGAGAAGGAACCACUGAUUGAGAGGGCAAAGAGUCUCAUUCAACAAGUUUAUGCAAUGGAGAGACUCAAUGAAUAA